UGCCAGGCGGCCGUUGCUAAGCGCGCGCUGCGUGCCCUGCGUAGGGUGAGCGGCGGUCUAGGCGGGAAGUGCGAGCCGGGACGCCAUGGCGAAAGCGUGGCAGCACCCGUUCCUCAACGUCUUCAGACACUUCAAAGUGGGCGAGUGGAAGCGGUCUACUAAGGAAGGUGACGUGACUCCUGUGACAGAUAAGACUCUCAAGUGCACGGUGUAUCGCAUCCGGGGUUCCGUGUCUGCCGGGAAUUACAUUCAGCUCCCCCAAACCAGCACCCAGUCUUUGGGGCUGACGGGACGGUACCUGUAUGUGCUGUUCCGGCCCCUGCCCUCCAAGCACUUCGUCAUUCAUCUGGACGUAGCCACUGAGGACAGCCAGGUCAUCCGUGUGUCCUUCUCCAGCCUCUUCAGGGAGUUCAAGUCUACGGCCACGUGGCUUCAGUUUCCCUUCAUCUGUGAGGCCGGGACGUCUAGGAAAGACCUGGCUGGCGUUGCCCCCUCUGGUGCCCGCUGGACGUGCCUGCAGCUGGAUCUGCAGGACAUCCUCCUGGUCUACCUGAACCGGCGUUAUGGUCACCUCAAGAGCGUCAGGCUGUGCGCCAGUCUGCUUGUCAAGAGCCUCUACACCAGCGAUUUGUGCUUUGAGCCCGCCGUCACCGUUGCCGAAGCCCGGCGGGCAAAGCUGACUGUCACUCCUGUACCUCGAGAAAUGGCAUUCCCGGUGCCCAAGGGGGACAGCUGGCACGAGCACUACGUCCACAUCCGGUUUCCAAGUGUCGGCUCAAGAGCAUCUUCCGAGCCGGCUCGGAAGAGCCGCUCCCAUCCUGAGGCAGGUGGGCCUGUGGGGUCAGCAGGGACGUGGAGCGUGGCAGGAGCAGUUUUCCGGGGGCGCGUGCGGGAGCUCGUCCCUCCCCCAGUGGCUUUCAGUAAUCCUUUCCCGGACGGCGUGUCCCCCGCGGUCCAGAUGUUUGGCCCCACAGCCGCCCAGCCUGUGCCCAGGCCCCUUCCAGAGGUCAGCUUGUUCUGUGAGCACUCAGAGAUCCCCAGUAUGAAUGGCCCCCGUGACCGUAGCCAGGAGCCCUCAGCCAGAGCGGAGGUCACUGACAAGCACACAGCCGGCAACAGUGUUCACACGGCUGCCCCAGAAUCAGCCGUGGUGCCCGUGGCUCUGGAGGAUGUGGCCCCACGCCAGCCUCCUGGCAGAAAGCAGAGCAAGCCAGAGAUGACUUUGGGCGAGACUGUCUUUGAACAAAGAAGCUUUCUUCCGGAUCCGAUCCUCAAGCUCAAGGGCGUCAUUGGCUUUGGGGGCCACAGUACCAAAUGGGCCCUGUGGACCAAGGAUGGGGCUGCUGUGGUGUAUCCCUGCCACGCAGUCAUUGUGGUCCUGCACGUGGACACCCGGGAGCAGCGCUUCUUUCUCGGCCAUACUGACAAGGUCUCUGCCCUGGCGCUGGAUGGGAGUGGCUCGCUGCUGGCCUCAGCCCAGGCCCGGCCCCCAAGCAUGCUGCGCCUGUGGGACUUCCAGACCGGGGGGUGUCUGUCCCUGCUCCGGAGCCCGGUCCACGCCCUCUGUUCCCUUAGCUUCUCCAGCAACGGGGUGCUGCUCUGUGGCGUCGGCAGGGACCCCCAUGGGAGAACGGUGGUGCUGGCCUGGGGCACAGAGCAGGUGGGACGAGGAGGCGAGGCCGUCCUUCUGGCAAAGACGCACACCGGUGUUGACAUCCAGGCGUUUAAGAUUGCCUUUUUCGAUGAAACCAGGAUGGCAUCGUGCGGGCAGGGCGGCAUACGGCUCUGGCGGCUGCGAGGCGGGGAGCUGCGUUCCUGCCCCGUGGACUUGGGGGAGCACCGCGUGCUGGAGUUGACCGACCUGGCCUUCGGGCAGGCCCAGGACAGCCAUACGCUCUACGUGUGCGGCCGCAGCGGCCACAUCCUGGAAAUCGACCACUGGCGCAGGGCCGUGCGGCGUGCUCGCCGCCUGUUGCCCACACAGACCCCUGGCGGCCACUCCUCACAGAAGCAGCCAUUUGGCGCAGGUGGGUGGGUCCCCCGCUGCGUGGGGGGAGUGGUCCCGAUGCUUUGGGCUGACGCUGCCUACCCCCUAGGCCCCGGCAUUUCCAUCAGCAGCCUCAGUGUUUCCCAGACCACGUGCGCCGUGGGCUCCGAUGACGGUUACGUGCGCCUCUGGCCCCUGGACUUCUCCUCCGUGCUCCUAGAGGCAGAGCACGAGGGCCCGGUCUCUUGGGUCUGCGUCAGCCCUGACGGUCUGCGUGUGCUGUCCGCCACCCUCUCGGGCCACCUGGGCUUCCUGGACGUCCCCUCCCGAGAAUACAACACGCUGGCUCGCUCCCACACUGCACCGGUGCUGGCCCUGGCCACCGAGUGCAGCCGAGGGCAGCUGGCCACCGUGUCCCAGGACCACACCGUCCGCGUCUGGGACCUGGCGACCCUGCAGCAGCUGUAUGACCUGAGGUCCCCCGAGGAGACACCGUGCGCCAUCGCCUUCCACCCCACGCGGCCAGUUCUUUUCUGUGGCUUUGCCAGCGGGGCCGUCUGCUCCUUCAGCCUGGAGGCCGCUGGGGUUCUGGUACGGCACAGGCGUCACCAAGGAGCGGUCACCGGCCUGGCUGCCAGCCCCGACGGCAGCUUCCUGUUCAGCUCCUGCUCUCGGGGCACCUUGGCCCAGUACCACUGCUCUACCACCCGGUGCCGCGUCCUGCGUGUGACAGCUAACAUGGUGUGCCGGGAUGCCCACCCAACCCCCAAUGCCCUGGUGGUUAGUGGGGACAGCCGCCUGCUGGCUUUCGUGGGCCCCUCCAAGUACGUGGUGACCAUCGUGACCACAGCCUCCCUAGAAGAGCUGCUGCGAGUUGAUGUCAGUACCCUAGAGCUGGCCAGCAGCCGCCUGGACUCGGCUGUGGCCAUCUGCUUUGGCCCCGUACCCCCUGGCCACCUGCUAGUGUCCACGUCGUCCCACACCGUGGUGGUGCUGGAUGCCGCGUCCGGCCGCGUGGUCCGGGAGCUAUCAGGCGUCCACUCUGUGGCCUGCCCCUCCCUGGCUCUCAGCAGGGAUGCCCGCUUCCUGCUGACGGCCACUGACCGGGUCAUCAGGGUGUGGGACUACUCGGCCAAGGCCAGCCCCGGCUGCCAGGUCUACAUCGGCCACUCAGAGCCUGUGCGCGCUGUGGCCUUCGCCCCUGGCCAGCGGCAGCUCCUCAGCGUGGCGGAUGCCAUCUUCCUCUGGGACGUUCUGGGUGCCCCCGGGAGGUCACCUUCGGGAAGUGCCGGAGACUCACCUGGGGCACCCCCGACCUGCGAGGCUGGCCCAGGUGCGAGGCAGCCGGAGGACACCGAGGCACGCACCGGUGGGCUCCCCCGGCAGCAGGUGCCUGUGCCAUCCCAGGCUUCCCCACUCCAGCUGGGCGCCCAUGCUGGGCCCCUCAAGGGUGCUGACGGUGCUUUCUCCACAUCAGAUGAAGAAGGACCGUCCCAGGAGAGCCACAACCCCAAGGGGCUCCAUCAGGCCUCAAGCCUGCCCAUGCUGGUGAAAGAGGCCAGCGGGGCUGGAGAUGGGGCCCAGGGGGCUCCCGGGGGCCCCUGGGGCUUCAGCAUGCGUCCCCACCCCUGUGGCUGGGCCACUGCUCGGAGCACCACAAAAGCCCAGGCCCAUCCCUCUGCUCGCCCAGACUGCUACAGGCACUUCACCGCUCGCUACGAGGCCUCCUCGCUGGUCAAGAGUGUCUCUGUCCCCAGUGCCCGAGUCGAGCGUCUGCUCCUGAAGGCCGUCGUGGGCUACAAUGGGAACGGGCGGGCCAAUGUGGUCUGGAAGCCAGAUACAGGCUUCUUCGCCUACACGUGUGGCUGCCUGGUGGUGGUGGAGGACCUGCAUUCUGGCGCCCAGCGGCACUGGCUCGGCCACCCUGAGGAGAUCUCCACGCUGGCCCUCAGCCACAAUGCUCAGAUCCUGGCCUCUGCCUCGGGCUGCAGCAGCACAGCCUCCCGCUGCCAGAUCCGCAUCUGGGAUGUGCCUGGGGGCUCCUGCCGGCACCUUCUCUCUUAUCACGACACCGCCGUGCAGGCCCUGGCUUUUUCGCCGGAUGACGCGCUGCUUGUCACACUGGGGGACUACGGCGACCGCACCCUGGCCCUGUGGAGCGUGGCCACCUGCGAGCUCCUGUCCUCCGCCCGCCUGCCGGAGCCAGCGCACGGCGUGGCCUUCAACCCCAGCGAUGCCAGAGAGCUCACCUGCGUGGGCCAAGGUGGCAUCACCUCGUGGCUCCUGCAGCAACGCGGGGCUGACGUCACCCUCCAGGUGCACCGGGAGCCCAUCCCUGAGGAGGUGGGGGCGGGCGAGCUGACCUCGCUCUGCUACGGGGCCGCGCCUCUGCUCUACUGCGGCUCCAACGCUGGCCGGGUGUGUGUCUGGGACACACGUGCCGGCCGCUGCUUCCUGGCCUGGGAAGCAGAUGACGGCGAGAUCGGAGUGUUGCUGUGCUCGGGAGCGCGGCUGGUCAGCGGAAGCAACACCAGGCGCCUACGCCUGUGGGCGGUGGGGGCCGUGCCGGAGCUGAGGCGCAAAGGUGCCCGUGCCAGGUCUAGCUCUGUGUUCAUGGAGCACGAACUGACCUUGGAUGGUGCCAUCGUGAGCGCCGUCUUCCACGACAGCAUGGACAUGGGCGUGGUGGGCACCACGGCGGGGACCCUUUGGUAUGUCAGCUGGGCCGAGGGCACCAGCACCCGCCUCAUCAGUGGCCACAGGAGUAAGGUUGUUCCCAGUCUGAGCCCAGCAGUCUGACGGGUUUGUGUGGAAAUGGUUCUGGAGGUCCCGCCAGGGAUGAGGACUCCACAGCAUAGAGAUACGUACUUACCCCUUGUGGAUCCAGGACCCACAGGCGUCCCCACAGGCCGCCCCCCAGGCCAGAGCCCCAGGCCAGGACCCACAGGGUAACCCCCCAGGCCAGGACCCACAGGUGUCCCCCCAGGCCAGGACCCACAGGGCAGCCCCCCAGGCCAGGACCCACAGGGCAGCCCCCCAGGCCAGGACCCACAGGGCAGCCCCCCAGGCCAGGACCCACAGGCAGGACCCCCCAGCCUUUUGGCCUGCUCUGACCUGUUUCUUGUGGUGCUUUUUUUUCUCUGGUAAUUGAUUUGCUGAAAAAACCAUGUUGGCUGCCUUGGAGCCUCCCAUGGCCACGGGGCCGGACAUGCCUCUCUGCCCUGCGCUCCCCGGGGUCCAAGCUGUCCGGGGGCCAGGCCAGGGCCUGGUCAGGGCCACUUUGUCCCCGUGGCACCUGCUGAGCGAGCUGUCUCACCAGGAAGCACUCGGGGACCGCUUGCCUGUCACCGAUGUCCUCGUAGAAUGACUCACUGCUUGGGGGUGUCUUAGGCGGUGCUCAUCUGAUCCUUUUCGGGAGAGACGUCCUGGUGAGCUUCCUUCCCCCGAGGCACAGCCGAGGCAGGAGUGGCAGGAUAGCCGAUCGUCUGGCUUCUGGGCUGGGUGUCCUCGGUGCCAGCUUGGUCCUCAGCAUCCAGCAGUGGCCCACCAGUUUGGAGUGUCUGUGAGCCACUGGAUGGAAAUGUGGGUCCCGCAGCUUCGUGCUCACUGUUUCUCCUGAUGCUCAGCGAGCCUUUAGGCAGCGGGAGGUUCUAGGAGUUGGUACCUGAGCCCCCCCCCCCCCCUUUUUUUUAAAUAUCUGUUCAUUUGUUCAGGUAUAACAGUUGCCAUCAAAGAAACGAGUUUGAGAUGGGUGAGGACUGCAUACUUGUUCUGUUCUUGGUGACAGCUGCGUGUUGCAACAUAAGCCACGUGCCCUGUGCUUUCUCCGCUGAAAGUCUGUGGUUUUGUUACAUGCACAGAAUUGUACAACCAGCACCACAGUCAAAUUUCAGGGCAUUUCAUCUCCCCAAAAGGGGGCCCCAUACCCUUUAACCAUUCACCCCCAUUCCCCUGCCCAGUCCUUGGUCCUCAUAGACCAACCUGUUUCUGUGGAUGCGCCUGCCCCAGGCAUUGCUUUUUGCCUUCUCUCCCUGAGCACCAUGCUUUCCGGGGCUUUCCAUGCUGUUGCCUGUCAAAGCCGAGUGCGAUCCUGUGGUCCAGGUAGAACUCGUGUCCGUUCACCCACUGGGGCCUGCACACUUGGGUCCUGAGGCCUUGACCUGAGCUGGCAUUUGCUGGCGAUCUCCCUCUCGUGUGGAACAAGGUGUUCCAGGCGGCCCUCUGCAGCUCCUCCCAGGACCUGCCGUGGCUGUUUCUUCUCAGAGCCCGGGGUCCCUCCUGUGGGAGACGACAUAGAGGUCAUGGUCCGAGUCCCAGAGGAACCUGUUACCGCUCAGCCAGUUUUUUAUUUUAUUUUUUUUAUUUUUUAAUGUAAUGUUUAUUUAUUUUUGAGAGAGAGAGAAAGAGAGACAGAGUGUGAUCGGGGGAGGGGCAGAGAGAGAGGAAAACACAGAACCUGAAGCAGGCUCUGGACUCUGUGACGCCGAGUUGGAACUCAAAAACCGUGCGAUCACGACCUGAGCCAAAGUCAGGAAUUGGCCACUUAACCAACUGAGCCAGCCAGGUGGCCCAAAUUAUUUUUUUAAGUGAGAAGCAUUACGAGUUCACGCUUACGCUUGAAAUUCACAUUCAAGACUAGACUACUUGGGGCGUCUGGGUGGUUCAGUUGGAAGAGCACGUGACCCUUGAUCUCAGGAUCGUGAGUUUGAGCCCCACACCGAGGGCAGAGAUUACAUUUAAAAAAUGACGUCUUUAAAGGAAAAAAGACCCGGGCCUGCUGUGUCUCCACUCUGCCUGGGGGCCACACGGCCUCAGGUGGGACUGGCUGGCUCCCUGCAGGUGAACGAGGUGGUUUUCAGUCCCAGUGCGUCCCACUGGGCCACAUGCGGUGAUGACGGGAGUGUGAGAGUGUGGUCCCUGGCCAGCAUGGAGCUCCUGGUCCAGUUCCAGGUGCUGAACCAGGUACUGGGGGGCACCGGGGC